UCCGUCUCCAUCGCUCUUUCUUUUCGCUGAGCGAAGGAACAGCCUUUCUCAGAAGCACAUCCCAAGCUGAGGACAGGUUUCUGUUUUUCGCAUCAUUGAAUACUUACAAGAAAUGACAGGACAAAGCUGUGAAGACUGGAGGCUUCAAUCUCUCUACAAGAGAUUGGACCCUGAAGAACAAGGGUUUACUGUUGAUUUUUUUACCUUCUAUACUGUUAUGAAAGAUUGGAUUGCAGACUGUCAACAGGAAGGGGAAGAGGCUAUUGACUUGACAAAUAGCAUCAAGGACUUACAACAUGACAACAAACAGUUAGCAGUGCAGAAUGUUAAACUACAGAGAACUAUUGAGGCUGCAGAAGAGCUCAAUUUAAGACUCUCUGAAGAGAUUUCUCAAUUGAAAGGGAAGCUGAGAAGUAACCAGCAAACACUGGAACAAGCUAAAAUCUCAGCAAAUGAAUUGGAAGAUUUGAAAUUUUUUUCAAGAAGUAUGGAGGAGGAAAAUAAUAGAUUACACACACAAGCACGGCAAUUGGAAAAAGAGCAGCAGUUUCUCUCUUUUAAGAUGGAUGACCUUCAGGAUGAGAACAAAAAAUUGCUUCUAGAAAAAGAAAGCUCAGAGGGGAAAAUCAAAGAGCUAUUUAUAAAGAAAACCAAAAUGAAGUCACAACUCUCUGAGUAUGAAAAUCAUAUCUCUUGCAAAGAGGCUGUCCUUAAUAAGAAAAUAAAACAAAUCGAAGACCUUACAAUAACUCUGGACGAAUAUCGAAUGAUGGUACAGGAAUUGAAACUAGAAGUUAGUAGGCUUCAAGAACACUUAUGUCAAUCCUAUCAAGACUUAAAAAUGUCGCCAACAAACUCUAUACAAAACACGAAUGGUCCCAUACAGGCAUCUGCACAGUCACUCUACAAAGAGAUUGAAGAAUCACGUAGACAGGAGAUCAGUAAGGAAUCUGGCUUGCCUAGUCCUUUGUGUGGGAUGUUGAAUUCUUUGGUGAUACAUCCAGUGGCUGAAGGAAGCAUUGAUUAUUUGACAGAACAGGAACACAGCAAGAAAGGGUCAGAUGAUACCAAAGCAUUACUUCCAGUUUCACAUAGCUUGUCUCGGUUAAACCGUUCGACUGAUAGUAAACUAAUAUUGAAGAAUCAGGAACAUAAACAAAAUCAAAAUAUCUUCUGUCAGAGAAAGGGGGAAGCAGAGAGGAAUCAAAACAAACCCUGACAGUUGAACACCUUGGCAAUAGCAAGACUCUUGAAUUGACUCUAAAGAAUAUGGAUGUGUGGGCCUACCCAUCUAAUAUAGAGUCUCAGGUACUUUCUUGUACUUGCAAAGGGAAAUAAUGGCAUAGAGAUUUCUAAUCUGGAAGGGGGAUAUUUUUAGAUAGAAUGAUUGGCAGCCUUUAUGCACUGAACCAACUACAAGAAUAUCUAAAUUUCACUUGCUAUAUGUAUGUUUAAAUCUGUGAACAACCAUGUUUGCAUUCAUAUCUCCAAAAAAUACAUUGUUUUGGUAACAUGCAGCUGCUAUAUCAGCAUCUCCUCAUUUAGGUAUUUACUGAAACAUAGAAUUUAACUAGGGAUAUCAGACUUUUCCAUAAAUUGCAUGUGAUCUCCUUUCAGA